AUGACCAACAGUAAGGGUAUAGUGGUCUUCUCAGGUGGAAGCGCUGCAAACAGCCUUGUCGACGUCUUCGAAGCAGUGCGCGAGAACAAAUCAUGUCCCCUCAGCUACAUCAUUCCUAUCAGCGACAACGGUGGCUCUUCUUCAGAACUCAUUAGAGUCUUUGGUGGCCCCGGGAUUGGCGAUGUUCGAAGUCGCCUGGUCAGACUCAUACCUACGGAUCCUUCCUCGCCCGAACGUCUGGCCAUAUCACAUCUCUUCAACCAUCGCCUGUCAUCUACGUCUUCAGUAGACGCGGCGACUGAGUGGCAACUGAUCGUUUCUGGAGCAGCGGAUCUGUGGCUUGGUAUACCUUCGGCCAAAAAGGAACUCAUUCGAUCAUUUUUCAACCUCUUGAACCUUGAGAUCUUAAAACGGUCGAGGCCGUCCUCGACAUUCGAUUUCACUUCAGCGAGUGUGGGCAACCUCUUUUUGACCGGUGCGAGACUGUUCAGUGGCAGUUUCGAGUCGGCCAUAUACCUGCUGAGCAGUAUCUGUGCAAUACCAGAUGAAGUGCGUGUCAUUCCUAGCAUUAACUCCAACUUCUCCCACCAUAUAGCCGCAGGUCUGGUCAACGGAGACGUCAUUGUCGGCCAGAACAACAUCUCUCACCCUGCCGCGGCCACAGCCUUAGCAAUGCCGACAGUUGGCGAUGGUCGUCCAAUCGCAGCGAGAACGCGUCAUAGCGUUGAUCACACCGAGGAGAUUGAGGAUGCAAAUAUACCAGGCACGCUGCCCACGUUGCGUCAGAAGAACAUCAACUUUAGUAAGGACGAGGAGGAAGACCUCCCCGCUCGGAUAGAGCGCAUAUGGUACAUUAACCCCUACGGACAAGAAAUGCUUCCACCAGCCAAUCCGCGCGUUCUCUCGGCGGUUAAACAAGCGCAAGCUGUUGUCUACUCCAUAGGAUCCCUCUAUACUUCCGUCGUGGCAUCCAUUGUGCUCAGAGGUGUGGGCGAAGCAUUGCACUCCAGUACCGCCCGACACAAGAUUCUCAUUCUCAAUGGCUCGCUAGACCGGGAGACCGGUCCGAGCCCCAACCCCUUCUCUGCCUUUGAUUUCGUCGAAGCCAUUGCUCGAGCAUGCGAGCAAUCUCGGGGACAUCCCUGGAGGUCAGAACUUUGCACGUCACACUCAGAGAACAAGUUAAAGUCCUCAGGGCCAACUUCGUCCACAGAUGCUCAUGGCGGUUUACUGGUGCCAGGCAGCACACCUAACGUGGCGCAAACAGCCGAGCAAAACUCAAUAUAUCGACAGUAUGUCACUCAUGUUAUACAUCUCAACGGGGAGGGAACUCCGAAGGUCGACAAAGAGCGCCUUGCAGCUGUGGGCAUCGAUUGCCUUAAAUUAUAUGGUCGGAAAAGCGCCAAAGGUGUUAUGUUGUACGAUCCUCAGGCCCUCAUUGGAGCACUGGAAGCGAUACUCGGGAAGAAAGGCGACGCCAUGCUUCUGAGCAGGAGCCGAAGAAACACGAUGGAAGCAUGAUGCGCUGUCUGGGUCUUUGAAACCACUAUCGUGUAACAGCUUUUUAGGCCGUUGAAUCCCGUAGUAUCGGACGUCAAAGUUGUCCCCUCCUUCUCCGUAACCAUGCGACGAAAGGCAAUUUCCACUCGACUUGCCUGAGGCUUGCGUCGAAUAUGUCGAAGUCAACCUUUUGCAACCUG